ACUCAAAGUUAAACUGAAUAAAAAAAAACAAAAAAAAACGAUUAAAGGGGUUUAGGGAAAACUGUAAUCUAACAAAUCGACAAAAAAAACUACAAUACCCAUCAGUAAAGCCCAGUGUAUGAUUGACAGCCAGCCCGUCCAAUCACAGGCUCUGAACUGUCGAGACUACCGCAUUGGGGCGGGGCUUCAUUUCACAAGAAUGGAGUCGAUCAACGUGCAAACGCUUUAUUUCACGCUAUGAAACGCUAUUUUCCAAAAGACUCUUCUCAUAUUUGUGUUUCUCCACUUCCACCGAUGCUGACAAGGGGACUAACUAACUAAACAGACGCAUCACUUGGUGCUGAAACGAAGAGAGAUGACUACACGAGGGGAUCGUCCCGACGACAGUAAAUGAGAGGUAACUAGAGGGGUAAGAAGGGCCCGGGUUAGGAGCCGGAGAGCUGCGGGGAGAAGCGGGUAGCGCCGCCGUCAGGACACCGCCCGACGGACCGGGGAGCACCGGGAGGACACCGCGGAGACCGGAGACAGAAACAGGUCUGAGGUGUGCCUUCUGGAUGACAAAAGUAGUCUUCCCUCAUUGGACUCAGCACUGAAGUUUCAGUUCAACAACCUCAUCUUUUAUAAUACAACCUACAUAAGAGAAUACACACAGAGUACCAGCAUGGCCGAGGAGCAGCAGCAGCAGCAGCAGCAGCAGCAGCAGGAGGAUGAGGAGGCAGCAGAGGAUGUGUAUGUGGAGCACCAGUACAUGUGCAGUGAGUGCCACCAGCUCUUCAACACCCUCGAGGAUGUGCUGAUCCACCAGCAGAUCCACACCGGCGUAGAGGGAGAAGGAGAAGGGGAGGUAGGCGAGAUGAUGACGAUCCAGGGCAUCUCAGAGAUGGGGCAAGCCCAGCAGUACCAGUGUCUGGAGUGCGCCGCCAUCCUUGUGAACCCGGAGGAGCUGCUGCAGCACCAGGAGAUGCACAUGAGAGAGGCGGGGAUGGAGGUGGAGCAUCAAGAGCUGUGUGAGGUUUUGGAGACAGAAGAAGGGUCCGAGGGUCAGAUGUCAGGACCUGUUCAGUACCAGUGUCUUGACUGUCUGGCUCUGUUUGACUCACCUGAGACCUGGCUGGAGCACCGGCGGACUCACAGCAGGAGCAGCACACACAGCAGCACGGAGACUGUGGAGUAUGUGCUGCAGCCUGAUGGCACCGUCACUCCACUGCACAACAUGCAGAACUACGUACUGAGUGAGCAGCAGGCCGGGGAGAUCUUGGCACAGGUGCUCGCUCAGCAGCAGCAGCAGCAGCAGCAACAACAGCAACAACAACAACAACAACAACAGAAGAAACGUCAGUCUGUCUCCAAACCUGCCACAUCCUCCCGCUACGCCCUGAUGCCUCCAGUGACAGCGACCCCGGGCUCGGCCACCAUGCACCUGCAGAUUCUCACAGCUCAAGCUUUGGCGGAUAUCUCCACUGCCCCCAGUCAGCGCCGUUCCAAGCUGCCCCAUCUGUUGCCCGCUGUGGCCCGAGGCUCUCUGGGAAAGCUAGGGGUCCUGGAGAACGGCGUCCAGACACUGGAGAUAAGGUUGGCCCCCGGUGUCCAGGAUGACACCCAGCAGCAGCAGCAACCAACAGAGGUGGUGGUCAUCCACCCUUACGAGUGCUCAGAAUGCUCCCUUCUCUUCCAGACCCCGGAGGACUUCCUCCAGCACCAGGGAGAGCACUUCCUGGGUCAGGACAAAGAGAGCGGAGAGCCCGGCGUCAUGAGCGGGUUCGAGGAGGCGCGAGGAGGGAGGGAAGAGAUCACGGAGAAGGUGGAGGACAUUAGGGUUAGAGUAGCGGAGAAGAAAACAGCGGUCUGGGCCAAGUCCCAAAAGUGCGAGCUCUGCAACCGCACCUUUACCUCCGUCAACCGGCUGGCCGCUCACAAACGCGUGCACGAGCAGGGCACGCACGAAUGUCCGGAGUGCGGCAAGGUGUUCAAGAAGGCGACGUCGCUGCAGACGCACAUGCGCACACACUCGGGCGUGGCCAGGUACCUGUGUGUGGACUGCGGCAACGGCUUCACCACUGAGAUGACUCUCAUCAUGCACAGGAAGUCCCACACUGCGGAUCCCCUUCACAAGUGUCAGUUCUGCAACAAAACCUUCACCAACAUGACCAAGUACCUCUACCACCGCAGAACCCACCUCAACCGCGACUCAUCGGACACACCCGCCCCCGUCUCCACGGUCUCAGCUCCAAUAAGAGCAUCUCUCUCUGCUCUUGCCAUCCUAAAGAGAGCAAGGGAGAAGAAUUCCCACACCGACGAGGCAAAGAUCAACCUGCUGGCUCCUCUCACAGAGGAUGAGAUGGAAAAAAUGGGAGUAGAUCCGAUAGAGAGUUCUCAGAGCGAAGCGGAAGGAGGUGAAGUGGAGAAGCAAGGGGAGGACAACUGCAUGGAGGUGUCUGCCCCACUUGAAGGCAACACCAAUGACCCCCAGCAGGUGGAGGAUGCCACCAAGUCUGGCUUAGCUACCAAACCUGCUCCGCUGAAUGACGCCGGCGCAGGAGUCAAAGGGCCUUUUUCGUGUCGUUCAUGCUCCAAGACCUUUACCUCGCAGCUGCAGCUCAUCCACCAUCGACGCAAGUCCCACGUCACCGAGCGCAGCUUCGUUUGUGGCAUCUGCGGCAAGUCUUUUAAGAAGCAGAUCCACGUGCGCAACCACAUCCGCACUCAUACCGGCGAGCGGCCCUUCCAGUGUUCCGACUGCGGCAAAACCUUCUCGUCUCUGGCCAAUCUGAUGAGGCACAAUCUCAUCCACUCCGGCGUGCGGCCGUACCGCUGCGAUGUCUGCCACCGCUCCUUUUCGCAGUCCUCCAACCUCCGUCAGCACAGCCUGCUGCACUCCAACGCCGCGACGCUGUGCUGCCCAGACUGCCCCGCCACCUUCCGCUGGCCCACCAAGUUAGCAGCACAUCGCUACACUCAACACCCGGGGGCUCCGGCCCCUUACCCAUGUCCCUACUGUGAUGCUGGCUUCCUGACCAGGAGACAACGGGACGGCCACUGUCUGGAGCGGCACCCCAACCUGGUUGGAACAGAGAUAGAAGUGCGGAUAGAAGAGACAGACGACCGAGCAGAGCCGGGCAAAGAUCUGACCUCAGAGCCCUCCACCUCAGCGGAGGGGGAUUCAACCAGUGUUGCGCGGGGGGGUCUAGAUUGUAAUAUUUGUGGGAAGAAGCUCAAUUCUCCUGCCAACCUGCGUCUUCACAGACUGAGCCACUUCGCCUUGGGCCCCGGGCGGCCGCGAUGCGCCGCCGGGAAGCGGCCCAAAGCCCACCAGUGUCCAAUCUGUGGCAAACUGUUUGUGUCUUCCUCCGGAGUCGCACUCCACCAGCGAGUCCACACCGGCGAGCGCCCCUUUCCUUGCAGUGUAUGCGGCAAACGCUUCCGUCAGAACACGCACCUGCGCGAGCACCUGCGCACGCACUCGGGCGAACGGCCGUUUCGCUGCGAAGUGUGCGGAAAGGGUUUCAUCCAGAGUAUGCACCUGGCUGAGCACCGCCGAACACACACGGGCGAACGGCCGCACGUGUGUCCGCAGUGUGGCAAAGCCUUCAAGACCUUCUCCAACCUGAGGAACCACAAAAAGACCCACGCCAGGCAGCAGAGGCUGGAUGAAGAGGCCGCUGCCCACGCCGCCAUGGAGACCAGCUCUGCCGUGGCCGUGGUGGACGCCACGGCGGUGGAACUAACUAACGGGCAGACUCAGCUCAUCCAGAUCCAAGCCUCAGAUCUUCAGCAGACACAGGGCACCCCGACCAUCAUGUGCAAUGAGUUUGGAGAGACCAUCGCCAUCAUUGAGACCAGCGAGGGAGGAGUGCUGCCUCUGGAGCAGGCCCUGGAGAUCUAUCACACCGCUUUAGAGAACGGCCUCGCCAUGGACACGGUCGCCGUGGAAGGACUGCAGCUCCUCUGAGUUGAAGUGGACAAAAACUAACAUUAUUCUGCCAAAUUGAUGAGUUCAGUAUUAAUCUUAAUACUGACUCUUACAAAGACUGAAUGACUACUGAGAGGCUGAGUAUUCAGACUUACUGGAACCAGAUUAUUAUGUACUAGACAAGAAUGCUAUAAAAUGUCAAGGCCAAAGUAAUUCAUCUUCUCUCUUUUGCAAAGCUGAGAGGGAUCAGUUUAGAGUCUGUUGAAAUAUUGCAUACUAAAAUGAAGGGUAUGGCAUUGAUUAUAAGUAAGGACCAUUGGUUGUGCCUCAGAUGACAUUUGUACGCUAAAUUUUAUCAUUUAUAUGAAAUGGAUGUGAUUUUUCUUCGGUUUAAAGGUUUGCGAGUGCUGUUGUAAAUAGAUGAAAUCAAUAAAUGUUUUUUCAAGGUGAUAAACAUUUGUAACCCACACUCUCACUCAACACAACCAUAUAUUAAAGUCGACAUACCUUAGGCACAACU